UGAGCCUGGACCUCCGGGACACAUCCAAGCAGUCAGCAUUCCCAGUGAGACCUGUUGGUUACAAUAAGCCCUGGACCCCAUGUUCCCUCUCUGCAUCUAGCUCUGCCCUCUCUACUCACUCCACAGAAAGUGCAACCAUGACCUCCAGCCACUGGGGGCAGAACACAGAGGCCUCACUCCCAUCAAGAUUGAAGAUGUCAUUCUGGGCUGAGCGCUCGGUCAGCAUGGUGGAGCCCAGCACGUGCACCCUGGGCUGGGCCUCUACAGAGCCUAAACAGCCCCCAGCCUCCCCUACUGGUGGCCCUGUCUCUGGGUCUCCCACCUCCUCACGCUAUAAGACUGAACUCUGCCGCACCUUUGCCGAGAGUGGCAUCUGUAAGUACGGGGGGAAGUGCCAGUUUGCCCACGGCUUUGAUGAGAUACGUGACCUCAACAGACACCCCAAGUACAAGACGGAGCCUUGUCGCACCUUCCACACCAUUGGCUUCUGUCCUUACGGCAUCCGCUGCCACUUUGUUCAUAACAACGAGGAUGACCUGGGCCCUGGUCCUGCCAGACCUGGGCCUGGUCCCCAAACCCCCCGAACCAGACGACCCCCUCUACUUAGGCAGAGCUUCAGCUUCGGAGGCUUCCCCUCCGCCCCUCCACAGCCCCUGGAGCACUCCCUCCCCCACCCCUUCCUCCUCGUGCCUUCAGUCUCCCCUCCCACCUCAGCUGACAUCACCGACCUGCUCUCCCGCGCCUUCUCCGAGGUGGACUGUGUCUUUGAGCCGGCCCAUGAACUCCAGUCUCAGUUUCUUCCCUCUCCUGACUCAGGCUGUUCCCUCUGUGGACUGUCCCCUGUGCCUUCCCCCUCCCACAACCCCUGUACCUUAUCAGAGGGCUGCGGCCUGCAGCAGAGCCAGAGUCCCCCCUGUGGGCCUGCUCUCAGGGCCAGGAGCCUCUCCUAUACCUCCCUGUCUGACCACGAGGGUGGGUGUGGCAGCUCAGCCAGCAGCCUCAGUGGGUCUGACUCCUCUGGUCCAGAUGGGUCUGGUCGGCGGCUGCCUAUCUUCAGCCAGCUGUCAGUGCCUGACGAGUGCUGCAGCAGCACUAGCUUCUUCCUCUAGGUAGGAUGGUCUCCUCAAACCUUCCCC